AUGGCUCCUGCUGUUCACGGGCCUGUCAGGCAGCCUGAUGGUCCCAGAGACCCUUACUCCAUGUCCGCCAGCUCAUCGCCCGACAGAGCACGACGGCUUCCUGACUCUCGUCUUGCCGCUGCCCUCUCCCCACCUCGCAUGAGCCCCGUGCGAAGCACCCAGAGCCAAAGCGGCCCUCACCCACUCUCACAGCCACCCCUCACAGCCACUCCCUUGCUAUCACCAUCCCCUCUACCCCUGGUCGCCCUUGCACCACCCCAGGUUGCCUCGCUGCGCAACUCACUGAACCGUCGUCGCUACUCCUUCCCACCUGCUGAAGGGUCCUCAUCUACCGGCGCCGAUGCCUUUCCGUGGGUGAUGGGUGGGACCCCAAAGCCGUCGACUCUCGGCGGCUUCCAGCUAGAUGCUGGAUCUGGCUUCGGCAAUGAGAUUGGUGUAAGCGCCGGCCUCACGCCCAACGCUGGUGUCUGGGAGAGCCUGCUCAACUUUGAGGUCGAACCCUCCCCCGUGGACAGUCUGUCCUCAACAGGUCCCUCAACAGGUCCCUCAACAGGUCCCUCCACAGCCAACUCGAAGCUAUCCUCAGCCCCCCAGUCGGAUCGUUCCGACGAGAAACCGACUUCCACCAUUCCGGCCAGAGCUGCCACGCCAAAGUCGCAACCUUUGGACAGCAGUUCGGAUCUCGUCUGGAGGUCCUUACUGAGCGCAUCGUUUCACGUGGAGGGUGUCGGGCCUGUCAGCGCCGCUCGCCUCCUGUCCGAAGUCUGGAAGCGAGGUGGGCCCGCGCUCGUCUCCAACCAAUGUCUAUGGCCAAAUGUCCUGAUGUCACUCUCGCUUUCACUCAACUCUCCCCGUCGAGUCGCACAUCCCUCGGCCGAGGCGUCACUGGCGUUACAAGCCCUCUACAACAUCGCUCUUCGCCCCCACGAAUCCGUUAUCUUUGCUGGUCUUCUUUCAUCCUAUGUUGCCUCGAUUGCGCCACGGGCUACCGACGCUUUCCAGGACGGGCAGGUGUACGGACCAUGGACACCCACCAAGGGCAUGGCUGAGGCAGAUAUCUCGCAGUGGACGACCCUCACACCGAACGCCGGCUCGGAAUGGCCCUCACUUGGGACCACACUGGCCUCUGGGUCUGGACUCACCCCUCGUCGACCAUUUUCUCCAGCACUUGGUCUGCCACCUAUAGGCCUGUCUGACCCAGCCGAAGGCUCCUCCCGCCCAGUUUCUCGAGCUGAGGGUGACGGACUGAAUGGCAUCGACGAAAUCCUCGCACAAAUAGAGGACACCAACGAAUUGAGGGAGAAUGAAGCCAACGCCUCUGUUGAUUGUCCCGAAUGGCUGCAAACGCGCCUCGAGGACCAUGAGAGCGACCACUUGGGAACCGAAUUCGCGGGUGACCCUGAUAAAGAGCGCAACGGCAGCGAAAGCUCGACGUUCAGUUCCGAGUCGCCGGUCGACCAGAUGGUGGGCUCGAGAACGUCGUCCCCAUUUGUCUCGGCGGCAUCCAUGUUUUCUGUCACUUCAGCAAGCACCACUAUACCCCUUGUUCCUCUUCCAUCCGAUACACCACAAGACCUUGAAAAGCAACCCACAGUGAGACCGGUGGCAAAGACUGCUGCCUCGUUCCGUUCGCGGCAACAGGCUCCGAAACAGCUCGACCUUCCCAUUGUCCCAUUCAUUCCUCCGCCCCCCAUGUGCAUGUUUUUCUCUCCCACGUUCCGCGACCUGCAAAAGGACAAGGUUGGCGUGUGGAAAGGAGACCUAUCCGUCCGUGGACGAGGAGGUGGUACAUUCAACAUCCUAAUUGUUGGCGAGCAAGGGUCUGACCAUCUUUGUUGGGGCGACUGCUUGUCGUACCCAGCCGGGCCAGUGUUGACCGAGACCGCCACAGCCACAAUGAUUCCUGUGUCGACUCUUGCUCGGGAGGGCCUUCUUCCUGUUACGAUGGGCAUGGUGCUCUGCAACGACCCGGACAUGACUGAUUUUGUCGCCAUGGUACAGGGCCUCCACGCAGAAGGAGUUGCUUUCCACUUGCCACUACCAAACCUGGGAUUACCCAUCGUUUUCCUCCCCGCCAAGUUUGACACAGAGGACCCUCUUCAACGACUGGGAAUUGCCUUCAUGGCCAAGGGCGGUGUGCCUCCAGUUGGACUCGGUGGGGUGAAACAGCCUCAGCCCGAGCCCAUGACGGAGGACGCAGGCCCCACAGACACGACUCGCAAGCGGCGGCGCAAGAGCAGUUCUGCGGCCACGAAAGAUAUCGCUCCCGCGACGCCGGCCCCAGGAACACGGCGGAAGAGUGCCCCCGUGCGACCAGGUAAACUUACUAUGACUACUCGACGAUCGUCCUAA